CCGAACUGUGUCUGGUACAUGUAUUUUUGUGAUAUCGUAUCUCACGUGACAUGUGUCCUUGCCUGAGAUUUUAGGCAAUACACCGUGUUUUUUGUACAGUUUGUGACAGAUCUCAUCAAUCGCCAUACUCAUUAUAAACAUUGAUUUCCGCUUGCUCACAGCCAGAGUAUUCUAUGAGUACUCGGGAUGAUGAAAAUUCAGAAUAUGGAGAAAUGUUUACCAUCGCUUAGAACCCGCUUAGAACCUGAACGGCUAUUUUUAACACCUCGACGUACCAGAUGACAGCAACGGGAGACUGCCGCCUAAUUGCUUGGCGCCGUGAUAAUAGCCAGAUGCCGCUGCGCCGUUAUCCCAAUGUUUGUUCCAUCCACCACGACAUAAUGAGAUCCUUAUUUUCCUCUAAAUUUUCCAAGAAACAGAGUGCGCAGGAUUCGUCUUCGUGGGAGCAUAAUGCGGUACUCCUCAAUCGCGAUGAUGCCAGCGACUAUAACGAGGAGAAUAUUUUACCCGUUAGCCCAGAGAAGCUGAGCGAGAUCCGCAAAUGGCUGCAGCCAACUGCGUACAGCGACGAGAGAAGCGAGUACAAAAAGCACUCGUCAUCCCAUCUCCACAACACAGGGAACUGGCUCUUGGAAUCAUCAAGUUACAAAGAAUGGCAUGAGUCUGAGCACCAGGGUAUCCUCUGGAUCAAGGGUAUACCUGGCUCGGGUAAAUCCGUCGUCGCCGCAAAUAUUAUCGAUAUUCUGAGGAAAGAGAAAGUUCCAGUACUUUAUUUCUUCUUCCGACAGAUCAUUGAUGCCAAUCACGUGCCCCAAGCUGCUUUGCGGGACUGGCUUGAUCAGAUAUUGAGCUACAGCCCACCGCUACAAGCAAAACUUGCGCAAUACCUCGAAGAGUUCAGGUCUCUGCAGAGCCUCGCUGCACCUGAUUUCUGGGCUCUGCUCAAACUCGGCAUGUUGUACCUCCCACGCGUUUAUUGCGCGGUCGAUGCGCUUGACGAAAUUGACCACGGGCAAGAUAUGGUCAACUUCCUCGAGGGGUUGUCAAAAUUGGGAGUGUGGCGACCUGCGCAGGUCAAGAUCGUCAUGACAAGUCGACCAGUACCGAGCGUCGAAAUUCCCCUCAGGCAUGCACAAACGCUCGUUCUUCGUCUCGAAGAAAGAAUGGUGGACCGCGAUAUCGCUACUUUCGUUCAAUACAUGCUAAAAUCAUCGCAAAUAGAGGAUCAAUGUCAUGAAUCCAUCAAACAAGCCGUUCCAGGAAGGGCAAAUGGGCUUUUCUUGUACGCCAGACUGGCGAUGGAUGCAUUCCUGGAGCCCGGAGCAGACCCGCAGCGAGUGCUGAGUGAGCUUCCAACUGAUCUCAAUGUCAUGUAUGAUGAUUUGUUAAGAGAACACACCCGGAGAACGGGGGUCUCGCCUGAUCUACAAUUAUUGAUUUUACAAUCGGUUACCCAUGCUUCUAGACCACUGCGCUUACUAGAGCUGUCCGAUAUGAUAAAUGUCACGCAGAAACAUGAUGAGGCGAGAGAUUUAAAGCAAGCAAAGGAGCUCGUCCGUACAGCAUGUGGGCCUCUACUCGAGAUUCUCCCUGAUGAAACCAUCUCAGUCAUUCAUCAUUCCCUCACCGAAUUUCUGAAAGGCUCCACGCGAAACCUGACAGAUCACAAUUAUCCAAUCCUCGAACCAGGACUUACUCAUCAAAGACUUGCACUUGCUUGUCUCUCUUAUCUUCAAUCGGGUUGUUUCAAUGAUAUUCCAUCCCCGGUCAAACCAGCAAGCGGUCAGAGGGGCCAAGAUCCGAAAUCUGAUCAUGGCAACGUGUUUCGCCGAAACAACGAGUAUCACACGCUUCCUGCAUUCACCAAAUAUGCGGCAGAGAACUGGUACGUCCACAUACGAAAGUCCAUGUUAGCUGGUUUCAAUCAGAGCGAAAUCAACGCUGCCCUCGACAAGUUCUUCGCCGGUCAAGAUUUUCCUAAAUGGUCCAAGACCGCACGAAUUGGAUGCCAGCAGGUAACACCUCUUUUUGUUUCGGUCACAUUGGGCCUGUCAAACUAUAGCGAAGUGCUGCUAGCUCGCACUGAAACCAAUCCAAAUCAAGGGGAUAUGUACGAGCCACCGUUGUACAACGCGGCCAAAAACGGGUAUGACGACAUCGCAUACCAACUUGUCAGUAAUGGCGCCGAUCUGAAUGAAUGGGAUCGCGAUGGAUAUCGGGCGCUUCAUAUUGCAGCCAUGAACAAUCAUUCCAAGGUCGUUGACGUUCUGCUUCGAGCCGGCGCUGAUCCAUUGUGUACCCCCCAACAUGUUGGGAAUUUCUAUGAUCAUGGACUGGAGCCGAGCGGGACACCAGUCUCUAAGGCUUGUAAGUACGGUCAUGUAGAGACGGUAACCGUGCUUCUACCUUAUCUCAAAACAGAGAAGGCGGUUGAUGAGGCGCUAUUCAGUGCGGCGAACCCGAACAAUCAGCUUAGACCCCAAACUACUCUUCUUUCUGUGGCAUGUAGGGGACGCGAUUCAAAAACUAUCAAGAUCCUCCUCGAAGCUGGCGCUGAUCCGAAUACCAGAAUCCCAGGGAAUUCGUAUUAUCCUCGGGUAAGCGCAGAAGAUCCGGGAUAUACAGCAAUUCAUGCUUUGGCUAAGAGUAGCCGUACCGGCACUGGUGGUAUCUACGGCGGUGAUCCAUCAGCAUCAGUAUUGGAAGAAACUAUAGAAGCCUUCGAGUUAUUGAUUCGAGCGGGCGCAGACGUACACCAUGUUGAUGGUGACGGAGACAAUGCCUUGGACCAUGCUUCUGAUGGAGUAACUGCUCGAAUACUUUUAGAUGCCGGUGUUAGUCCAUAUCAUGUGCAUAAGCGGGAGGGAAACCUUCUUCACAGGCACUUCAAUCUGGACGUAUUGAGGCACCUCCUCGAGAGAGCAGAAAUCAACACCUCUCAGAAGCUGACUUACUGGGAAUCUACCCCUCUGUUGAAAAGUCUGAAGGACGGACAUGUCGAAAAAGCUCUGUUACUACUGGAAUUUGGCGCUGAUGUUACGGGUUCUGACCGAGAUGGAAAUGGCGCUUUCCAUCUAGCUGUGGGAAUCAAUUACAAUGAUCGUAACAAGGGAUUGCAGAAGUCCCUCUUCACUCAGUUGCGGGAAGCUGGGGCUGAUGUGAGCAUGAGAAAUAACUCAGGACAUACACCUUUGCAUACUCUGGAUUUUCGAAAUUUCAACGAGGAACUCCUCCAUCUUUUGAUGGAAGCUGGACUCGACACGGAAGCCAAGGACAACAAUGGUGAAACCUUUCUUUUCAGCGCUCUCCGAGGAGUUUCUGAUUAUGAGUUCCAAAGACUCUGCGACAAGCUUGUCGCAGCAGGAUGCAACAUCAACUCAGUGGAUAACAAGGGGAGAAAUCUUCUGCACGUUUUGAAACUCUCAGACGUAAAGACCUUACAAUACUUAGUAGAGAAAGGUGUGAAUCCAAUGCAGACGGAUAAUGAGGGCAAUACGUUGUGGCACGUCGCUUCCGACACGCAGUUUUUCAACAAUGAAGCCAGUCUAUUCCAAAAGCUCAAGGACCUCGGCAUUGACCCACAACAGCCAAACCAUACGGGGCGUACACCACUUCAUAUGUUCUCUAGCAUGCGGCCAAAGGCGCUUGAUAGUUAUGCAUUCAAGAACGUGUCCCCGAUCAAAAUUGAGAAAAGCACACCGUUCGACACAUUCAUGGGUUAUAUCACCCAGAAAGAUCCUGUCGAUAUGAACGGUGUCUCGCCACUACACCUGGCAUCCACGUUCUCUGAAUACUUGACAAAAAGACUACUAAGUGUCGGUGCAGAUCCUUUUAGGCGCACCGCAGAGGGGCUCACUGUCUUUCACCUUGCUUCUAGGUCCCGACAACCAAAUAUACUGGGGGUAUUGUUCGAGUUCUGCAAGCACGCUAAGAGCGAUAGAGAGCUCGAAGUUACUCUCAAUGCAAGGGACGAGCUUGGGAGAACCGCUCUCUUUUACGCUUGUGCAUCCGGAUGUGUCCACUCUGUCAACAUGCUUAUCGAGGCUGGCGCCAUAGUAGACUCUGAUACUUAUGAUGGUUCAAUCUGGCAGGGCUGUGUUGAAUUUGAGGACGAGCAUAAAAACUGGACAUGCACUUACCGUGCGGAUAGUCGAGAAUAUGAUUGGUCAGCCCGUCGUGCCGGGGGUGUCACGAUUGCCGACACAAAUCGACCUGACGUACGAGAAGCGUAUCACAACAGCACUGGAUUCAAACACCGAAUCGACGAGAUUGUAGAGCUUUUCACGGGUUACGAAACGUCCACAAGGAAUUUUGUUCACAUAGCUCUGCAAGAUGCGGUGAGCCGUGAGUCAGAAUACGCUGUCGAGUGUCUCGCAAACUUGCAAGCCAGACUCUAUCUUCCGAUAUCAGAUGAGCUCCAGAACCAAGUCAAUGCCUGUCUCCUAAGACGUGAGCAACGUGCUAGCAAGAAUCCCAAUGCCAUGGCCGCACUCAUGGAUCGCAGCUUCGACCUUGCAGCGAAACGACUGACGGACAGUGAUUUUCUCAACUUCGACAGUAGCAAGGUACCGUUUUUGCAUCCGUUAGUACACCACGGCUUUGUUUCCAUACUUCAGAAGGUUUUAAAACCAGAGACUGCACAAAAGUUGGACGACGCGACCUGGCGCUCAGAGCAGGAAAAAUCAUCUGGCCGAUAUAGAUCACGAGGUAUCCAACCUUUGUUGCUCACGGCAUGUCAGAGCGAUCUUCCGAAUAUGGAUAUGAUACGAUUUCUCGUCGAGCAGAUGGGCGUCGACCUGAACCCCCAGACGAUAGAAGACGAACAAACCGGGUCUCAACCGGAAGGGGAUAAAAACCCUGAAACCGCCUUACACUAUCUUGUUCGAGGUAUGAAUUGGUGGCAAACUAGACAAGCUCUCCCGUAUUUGAUUAGCAAGGGUGCCAAGUUGAACCUCAAGGAUAAGGAUGAAGUGACCCCACUUCGCGCUUCACUGGAUAGACUGGGAAGUGUGCUUUUCGACAAAUACCCGAUCGAGAUCUUGGUUCGUGCUGGGGCUGAUGUGAACUCAGUCAAAGCGGAGCACUGGAGGAGAAGCAGUAGCUGCCUCUCUCGUGCGUCUAGUGAUGCGGACAUAACAAGAUUUCUUCUAGAUCAUGGCGCUGUGAUCACACAUACUGAUAUUCGGAAUGUCAUUGCCAGUGGGUAUUCGGAUACAUUGAAACUGUUCCUGGCACAUGGUAGUGAUCCCAACUCCCGAGACACACUAGGACCCCAAUUUGAGGAAGACCUAUCUUACUCGAAGGCCGACAAAAAGGCUCUGAGAGCCGAAGCAAAAUAUCCGCUGCACUUUCUCGCAACCAUCAAAAAUAUGCCGGAUACACACGAAGAGAUGGUUAACAUCUUGUUGGAACACGGCGCAGACGUCAAUGCUCGCUACGAAGACACUACACUCAUGCAUUGUGCAAUGAAGAAUUCUCCUAUCGCGCGACUUCUGCUCGUGCGCCCGGAACUCAAUCUUGAGGCUACUGAUUCCGAGGGUCGUACGUUGCUACUAGCUGCCAGCCAAGAGCAAGAAAAGACCCAGUAUGUGCACACACUCCACGACACAAAUGUUUCCCUCGUCCGUCUACUGCUCGAUCGAGGCGCCAACAUCCGAGCCCGAGAUCACAAAGGCAGAAAUGUGCUGCAUUCUAUGCUCUAUGACCACGAAACCACGUUCAAUGGUUCCUAUUACCCGCGGCAGGUGCAUCCACGAGACGUCGAUCAUCCGUACAUUGCUGCACUGGCGCCAUUUCUAGUUCACGAGCGGGAUAACGAAGGCAAUACGCCGCUCCACUGCGCUGCCAAGAAAAAGAUCAAGCUUCUUACCAGUUUACUUGACGCAGGCGGUGAUCCUCGGAUCGAAAACAACAAAGGCGAUACAGCGUUGCAUUACCUCGUGCGUGGAGAUUGGAUGAUUAACGUCGACGGUGAGGUUACUGGACUUAGAAGACUGCUUUUCGAGCGAUUCUUAGCAUUGGGCGCAAAUAUCCACGCGCGUAAUCAUCGCGGAGAAACCCCGAUUUUCAACUUCUUCCUGAUAGAAGGCUAUCCUCAAUCUGGCGUCGCGGCCGACGAGACGUUUCCGGAAGAGCAAAGGCGACCGCAUAGGGAUGGACCGCCAUGCUCGGAGGAGUCACUUUACAACUACUUAGAGAAUAUGGGUGUGAAGUGGACAGAUCUUGACAUGGAGGAUCAAUCGCUACUCCACAUUGUUGCCCAGGUGACGCCUUACAGGAAUUUUGAGACGUCGGUGGGCCGAUUCCAAUUCUUGAUGAGUAAAGGGCUGGAUGUGGCAGCUGAAGAUAAAAAAGGGAGAACACCUUUGGACAUUGCGGCGGCGUUUGGAAAUACCAAAGUUCUAGAUUUGUUCAAGAAGGAAGCACUGGGUGGAGAAUCGUAGCGCCUAGAUAGUCAAAUUUGAAAGGCAACCAGCGGACAGGCCUAGAGACCAUCGAUAGCUGUAAUGGAAGCGCGUGACCUCUAAUUCAAGGACAGCAAUUUUUGCACGUCACUAAGAGCACUCCGGUAUGUUGUUGACAAGCACUUUGUGGAUUUUUCCAUUGUUUCGAGAGCGCAUGUGUGCUUUCCGAUACAUGGCUGUGUUGAUCCUCAACCUUCCAUUUCUGGUAUCCCGUUAUUGUUACCGUACGAGAGGUGUUGGUACUAAUUUUGUUUUUGUGUGGCUUCGCUGUAACUGCCAAAACCAAUUGCCAUCGUGACAGCUUUCUACAAUCAGCGCAAAC